AUGACCAGCGGCUGCUCUUUUCUUUCCGAUGACCAGAACCUCGUAAUCUCUUUUCUGACCGAUGACCAGAGCCCAGCUUAUCUCCGUUUUCUUUUUUUUUUCCUUUCCUUCCUUCUUUCUUUCUCUUUCCUUUUCUUUAAUUCCUUCACUUCUUUUCUGCUUUUCUUUUCCUUUCCUUCCUUCUUUAUUUCUCUUUCCUUUUCUUUAAUUCCUUCCGUUCUUUUCUUUCUUUUCCUUUCCUUCCUUCUUUCUUUCUCUUUCCUUUUUCUUUUAUUCCAAACGUUCUUUUCUUCUUUCUUUUCCUUUCCUUCCUUCUUUCUUUCUCUUUCCUUUUCUUUAAUUCCUUACCUUCUUUUCUUCUUUCUUUUCCUUUCCUUCCUUCUUUCUUUUCUCUUUUUUCUUUUAAUUAUUCUUGUAUUCUUUUUCUUUCUUUUUUUUUCCUUUCCUUUCUAUUUUUUCUUUUCAUUUUUAUUCCUUCCGUUCUUUUCUGCUUUUCUUUUACUUUCCUUCCUUCUUUCUUUCUCUUUCCUUUUCUUUUAUUCCUUCCGUUUUUCUUCUUUCUUUUCCUUUCCUUCCUUCUUUAUUUCUCUUUCCUUUUCUUUAAUUCCUUCAGUUCUUUUCUUUCUUUUCCUUUCCUUCCUUCUUUCUUUUCCUUUUCUCUUUCCAUUUUUUUAA